AUGGCGAGGUCUUCUUCCAAGAUGAUGGUGGCGGCGGCGGUGGCGGCUCUGCUGGCCCUGGCCGUGGCGAUGACCGCCGAGGCGAGGAACAUCAAGACGACGACGACGACGGCGGCGGCGGCGGCGGAGAAGAAGGCAGACAACGACGCGGUAGUGCAGCCGCAGACCUUCCCGCCCUUCGACCGCCUCGGCGGCGGCGCGUCCCCGGCGUUCGGUGGCCUCCCCGGCGGCAGCAGCAUCCCCGGGUUCAGCGUGCCCCUCUUCGGCGGCGGCUCCCCGGGCUUCAGCAGCUUCGGCGGCAUGCCCGGCUCCCCCACCGCCGGCUCCGUCCCCGAGCACGCCAACAAGCCCUGA